AUGGCUUCCCACGGCGGACAACUCACCUUUGCUCAGAAGAGAAUGAUGGCAAUGCAGGCCAACGCUAGGAACUCGAGUCUGGCAUCCUCGCAGUACUCCGCCAGUCUGCACCCUACACCUACAUCUGUGCCUUUCCCCGGCGAUGUCGAGAUGCACGAUGUUUCGGCAGCAACAAGCACUGACGGCAGCCCUCUCAAUGAUCCUUCCCACCCACGCGUCAACUCGAUCUUCUCGGCCUCAGCAAAGCCAUUCACUCCUCCUUCCACCAUGAUUGUCUCCUCCAGCAUGGCUCCCUCUUCUGCCUUGCCCAUCACCUCUACCAUGGCCCCUCCCAUCACUCCUGCUAAGAGGGCCCCUCCUCACCGCGCUUUGAAGGGACAGACUCCUCAAACUCCUCUGGUCCCCGUCAACACUCCCAUCGUUGCCACCAAGCCGGAAACUCCUAUCACUCAUAUUUUGAGUGACCACAGUGCCGCACCUUCUCCCAAGCGUCGCGCUGGCCCUCACUCAAAGCUGGGCCCUCACGCUCAAAAGGCUCGCUCGAGUGUCCCGGCCACCAGUGUCGACUCCAGUUCGCCUGUUCAAGUCUCGGUCGCUUCUAAGGCUACCACGCCUGCCAAGGAUGUAUGGGUCGAUGUCCAGCAGGCGAAGCCCGAGCCUGAAACUUGGGUCGAGGUUCAGGAUGCCCAGAUCGUUGACGUUGAACAGUCUGAGCCUGAGCAAGUAGAGAUGGAUAUUGAGCAGUCUUCCAUCCAGGCCACUCUGGGUUCCUCGGCCCAGGAUUGGGGCACUCCUGCUAUUGUCCAGUCCUCUCCAGUCGCCGAGACUCAAGAGUGGGGCAUACCUGCUGCCGUCAAGGUUGAACAGUCGUCCCCUCAGCCCAAGCCCCUCCAGCAGACGGCUGCACCUGAAGUCGUUCCCGACCCACCCACUCCUAAGGCUGCUCACCCCGCGCAUCAGCAGCAAGCCAAGGUCAAGACCGACACCGAAUCCACCACCACUCGUCGUUACGGUCGCCAUGAGUACUUGUCCAUGUUGCUCGACAUGAAUGACACUGCCAAGGGCCGAGAGCUUAUCCGUGCUUUCGCUGAUCACAUCCAUGCUGGUGGCAAUACUAGUAUGAAUGAUGUGGCUGCCCCUGACGCUGAGCAGGAAAUCUUUAUGGAGGUUUCUAGCGGCAGCCGUCUUGGAGCCACCGUUCCUCAGAACACCGCUCUAGGCAAUGUCAUCAAGCAGGUCGCCAAGAUGGCUCAUGUUGAUGAAUCUGAGGUCUGUGUCAUUCUGAAGGUCGGCGACAAGGGUUCCGCCUAG